GCAUUCAUUGAAUCGCUGGUCAAUACUGCUUUCUCGGCGCUCGAGCUGCUGUAGCAUUUAUAGCUGUUGGGCGUGCGUCAUUGAGUCGAAGCAUUUACAAACCCGUGGACCUUGGGGGAAAUUUAUCGGUGUCAGUUUCACACCACCGAGACCUCUCAUCACCAGCUCCUCUCAACUUUCUUUAUAGCGACACGUUGCAUUAUAUCUCUCACGACGGCGUCAUUUAUAGACCUACAUUUACGAGCUGUAGGCCAUCAUGGAUAUGGCAAAGGCUCUGCAUGUCUUCUCCGCGAUCAAUUCGGGCCACACCAUGAGCAGGGCACACGAUGAUCGGACACAGUUGGAUUUUGUCCCGUACCUCGAUCGGUACACACCGAGUCCGCUGGCGGACGAGGGACGUGCGAAGACUGCCCUGAUCGUGUUAAAUUGUCCCAUUGACGACGAGGAGUAUCUCCGUCGUUUGCAUGCGCAUGCUGGGUUCGUGCUCUAUGCGGAUGGAGGUGCCAACCGAGUACAUGAUUGCCUGCGUCGGAGCAGACUGGGCGAAGAUUCCGCGACAUUUGCGCGGUCGCUUAAAGCGCUCCUGCCAAAUUUGAUCCAUGGUGAUCUCGAUUCGUUGCGGGACGACAUACGAGAUGCAUUCGAAGCGUGUGGUGUGUCAGUGACACAAGAUCCCGACCAAUAUAGUACAGACUUUGGAAAGGCGAUCGGAAAAAUCAAAGCUGCAGUGCCACAAGUGCACGACAUUCUCGUUCUGGGAAGCCUGGGCGGGCGCGUGGACCAAGGAAUCGGGCUGCUGCAUGAGCUAUUGCGCGAACAGAAACACAACAACCCGAGCAUUCGGUUCUGGCUGUUCACAGAGGCCAGUGUUACUAUGCUGGUGUUCCCCGGUACAACGGUUGUCCAGACGCCGUUGCGGUCGGGUCUCAUAUCGUGCAACGUCGGCAUUCUACCUCUCUAUGGGCGCAGCAUUUUAACUUUGAAGGGCUUUGAGUGGGAUGUGGAGCAGUGGCCGAGCGAAUUGGGAGGACAAGUGAGCACAUCCAAUCAUGUAUUCGCGGAUGAGGUGGAAAUUACCACCGACAUUGAGGUACUCUUUACGAUCGAGCGCGUCCGCCACGGGUGACGAAUGGUAGUCUCCUAUGACAGUGGUCAUGUGGAAGCCUUGACGGCACGAAGCGUACCUUCCUGAUGAAUGGCUGCCAAAGGCAAGCCAACCUUAGAUAUAGAUGUACAGCUC